UUUCUUGCCUUCCUAUAUAUUUGGCGACUUCUCCUCCUUCCCUCCCUCUCUCUCCCUCCCUCAGCACCCCCCACCAAGGAAACCCUCGCAAGAAUCCGGGCGCAGUCGCAGUUUCUUGAACCCACCAAAGCCUCCUCCCGCGAAAGCGGAAAGCCCUUUUCUUGGUUGCCCGAUUCCUUCCCGAAGUUCACCGUCAUCAUCUUCUCCAAGAAAGAUCCGAACCCAAGAAACGGAAGAUGGCCAGUCUCCUCCGGAGGAAGAACCCCGCCCUCUUGUGUUCCCUCCACAAGCAGGCGAUCACGCAUUCCGUGGCCAAAGGGUAUUCGAUCCCCAGGGCCUGCCGCCAUUCCCCCGAGAACCAGACGUCCUCGGCCAGAGCUUACUUCCGUCCCCGUCGUUUCUCGAGGAAAGCGAGGGAAUACCAUCCCUCCCCGGCUGCUUCCUUCUCCUCCUCGUCGCCGGCUUCUUCUCGGGUCGGGUUCGUGAGCUGGUAUCUGGGUAUGGUCAAGUCCCGACCCGUUUUCACCAAGAGCGUCACUUGUGGUCUUAUUUACACUGCUGCUGAUUUGUCCUCUCAGACGCUUGCGAAGUCAUCUUCAGAAUCUUAUGAUCUUGUGAGGACAUUACGGAUGGCUGGAUAUGGUAUGUUGAUUUUGGGGCCGUCGCUGCAUUUUUGGUUCAAUUGCAUGUCGAGACAUUUUCCAAAGCAGGAUCUUGCGUCCACGUUGAAGAAAAUGGUCAUGGGGGAGACCCUUUACGGACCCGCUAUGACCGUGGUUUUCUUUUGCGUGAAUGCCGGUCUACAAGGUGAGAAUGGGACCCAGAUUGUUGCUCGAUUGAAACGGGACUUGAUUCCAACAUUGGUUAAUGGAUUUGUGUACUGGCCCUUUUGUGAUUUCAUCACGUUUAGAUUUACCCCUGUUCAUUUACAGCCUCUCGUGAGCAACUCGUUCUCAUAUAUAUGGACCAUAUAUCUAACUUACAUGGCUAGUUUACAGAAAGUGGAUUCAACUGCUAAGCUAACUACAGAGGCCGCCAUUUCUCCACCGCAAUAGGCUCUGGAUUUUACUUCAGGUUGCCACUCACAGUACAUGAAAUCUUGUCCUGUGCAGUUUUUAGGACUUCAGGAGAUGCAACAAUGGGAUCUUCUUCAGAGCAGAGCAUAUGGUUCAAAGAGAAAAGGAACCACCCUGAUUAUUCUUCUAGUUUAAGGAACAACCCCAUUGUCUAGGAGACGUCUUCAUCAUGUUAUUCAAUUACUUGCAUGAGAUGUAAUUAGGCAGUUCGGCAUCACAGGUUACUGUAAAGCACUACUCAAUGAAGUUCUUUUAGGCAUUUUUUCCUGAGAAUUUGCUUUGGCUCGUGUAGUUCCAUUCCUCAUUUUCCUUGGCGCAUAUUGUUGGAAAAACUUGCUUACCUACAGGUAAUCGAGCUAUUCCAGAGCACAUUGGCUUUCUAUAUUUUAUCAGUUUUCUUUUAUGAUCA